AUCGCGCUGGGCACAGACGCUGCACUUUAUUUGCUCGAGUUAGGAAUUUUUCAAUCAAGUUCAAUUCUCGAGAAAAAGUUGGAAAAAUAUGCAGUUCGAUGUUAUUUUACGAAACAUUGUGUGAACUAACAGCUAAGUACCAACGGUUAACUCGACCGAACCUUAGCUAUUUCUGCGAUUUUCGUGAUAUUAGAUAUUAAGGUAGGUGUGCCUGAGGAUGGUAGCUAUCACCGCUCAGGGGGUGGCCAGCUCUAACGUUCUACCGCAAGCGGAAGGAACAUCGGAUGGGGCAAAAUUUUCUCUCCUUUUGUGGAAAAAUUUUCUGCUUCACUGGCGAAGUAAACUAGCGACCUUGGUAGAGAUUCUCAUCCCACCGUUUUUCAUGCUGCUCCUAGUCGGACUACGGAGUUUAACCGAAGUACAAACUAACAAUUAUGAAUCGAUCUACGAACCGUUAGAUAUAACCAAUUUUACCGGAAUAAAGGAUAACUUGGCGGUUCCAUUUGCACCGAUCAUUGCCUUCUCGCCUGAUACCGAUUUUUUGUACGAGUUGAUGAAACCGGUAGGUAACCGGACGGAGAUGGAAGUGAAAGGUCUACCGAAUUGGCAAGAGCUGGAGUACUACCUAAUGGCUUCAAAUGCCUUCGUCGGGGUACAAUUUGAUGACCGCUAUCGUAAACUUACCACGUUACCCAUAGUCCUGAACUACACCCUGCGUUUCCCUGGCGAACUUCGGGCACAAUUCGGGAUUAUGCAUACGUGGAGAACGAAUUCACGCUUCGCCUCCAGGCCGGACGGUGGUGCACGGUUCUACCGGUACGACGAUGGAGGGCCGAGUCCCGGAUAUUUUCGAGAAGGAUUUCUCAGCAUACAGCAUUUCAUUUUUCAAGCGUAUUUGGAAAUAGUUAGAGAUCUACAAGAUGAAGUGGUUCCUGAUGUUGUUGUGCAACGGUUUCCGUAUCCACCGUUUCUGGAGGAUAACUUCCCGUCCAGCUUAACAACGUUCUUACCAAUAUCGGUGAUGCUGGCAUUCAUCUACCCGUGUAUCAGUAUCGUGAAAUCUGUUCUGUUUGAAAAAGAAAAGCAAAUCAAAGAAGCAAUGAAGAUCAUGGGACUGAAAAACUGGAUUCUAUGGAGUUCGUGGUUUGUGAAGUGUUUACUUUUUGUAACAAUUUCUGUGUCAAUAGUGGUUUUGUUUCUCAAAGUGCCAUGGUACAGAACACCAAAUGUUUCCGUUCUAACCCACUCGGACUGGGGUGUGAUAUGGUUGUUCUUCUUCAUCUACGGCAUCGCCAUCAUCACGUUCUCGUUUAUGUUGAGCACAUUUUUCUCCAAAGCGAACUCUGGAGGAGCGGUGGCAGCCGUCAUUUGGUUCUUGGCAUUUGCACCGUACACAGUGAUGGAUCAAGACUACAGCCGGUUGACUGCAGCGGAUAAGUUGGCAGCAUCUCUGCUUCUGAACUCUGGUAUAGGGUUCGGCCUUCGACUGAUUGCGGUUUAUGAAGGUCUUAUGGUCGGUAUGCAGUGGUCCAGUUUAUUUCACGACAGUGAAAUAGACAAUAUAAAUCUAGGAUCGAUAAUGCUUAUGCUGCUAGCAAACUCCGUUAUCUAUAUGCUGAUAGCCCUCUACGUUGAAAAGGUAUUUCCGGGUGAUUUCGGGCUAGCAGAACCGUGGUACUUUCCGUUCAGUCGGCGAUAUUGGUGCGGGGACAUUCCACCGAAAGAAUCAGCAAACAGCGACCCUCUUCCACCGAAUGGCAACAUCGAACCGGAACCGAAAGGUCGCGCCGCUCGCAUCGAAAUAAGAGGACUCCGCAAGGUGUAUUCCAACAAAAAGGUAGCCGUCGAGGGUUUAAGUUUCAACAUGUUCGAAGGUCAAAUAACGGCACUGCUAGGACAUAACGGUGCCGGCAAGACCACUACCAUGUCAAUGCUGACAGGCAUGAUACGACCAUCGUCCGGAACUGCGAUCGUGUGGGGCCACGACAUCCGGUAUGACAUGAAAAGGAUAAGGAAUUCGUUGGGUUACUGCCCGCAGCACAACAUCCUGUUCGACAGGUUGACCGUUAAAGAGCAUCUGUAUUUUUACGGUAGACUAAAAGGAUUGUCGAAAAUUCAAGUGCAGAGUGAGAUAGAUAGGUACAUAAAAUGCUUGGAAUUAGUGGACAAAACCGACGUGAGAGCUUCCAGUUUGUCUGGAGGUAUGAAGAGGAAGUUGUGCGUGGGUAUCGCGUUGUGUGCAGGUUCGAAGGUGGUUCUGUGUGACGAACCCACCUCCGGUAUGGAUCCGGCAGCUCGGCGUGCGCUGUGGGAUUUGUUGAUCGCGGAGAAAAGUCGCCGUACCAUGAUAUUGUCUACGCAUUUCAUGGACGAGGCAGACAUGCUCGGAGAUCGAAUAGCCAUAAUGGCAGAUGGCAAGCUCAGAGCCGUCGGAUCGUCAUUCUUCCUAAAAAAGAGGUUCGGUGUAGGUUAUCGGUUGAUUUGUGUUAAGUCGCAAGAAUGUGACGUAGGUGAGGUAACGGAACUUCUACGUAAAUACAUUCCGGGUCUGAUAGUUGAGUCUAGCAUUGGGACAGAACUAUCGUAUCUGUUGGAGGAAGAAAAUUCCACGCACUUCCAACCAAUGCUGGAAGACUUGGAAAGCAAUGUAAAACGUCUAAACAUCUUAGACUUUGGAAUAUCUCUCACAACACUGGAGGAAGUUUUUAUGAAAGUCGGAUCCGACUCGGUAACCCUCAGUGACGCUGAAAGUGUAAGUAGCAUUGCUACCGCCUCUACCGAUCUCGAGUCGAACUCAAGUAUUCAAGACUACAACCUCCUCGAAGGAUUUCAACUAUUUGUUUGUCAAAUGAAGGCGCUGUUUUUGAAAAAAGUGUAUCAAACAUAUCGGAAUUGGUUCCUGUUUAUCAUUCAAAUCGUAAUUCCCAUGCUCUUCGUCGCAGUAACAAUCGCCGUUGUACGUGCCUGGGUCGGCUCCAGAGAUAUGCCCUCACGGUUGUUGUCCAUUAUGAGCCAUAAUCCAUCGGUAACUGUCGUUCAAACAGAUCCCGACGGUGGAAGUGAACUGUCACAAAACAUUCUUAGCAGCUUCUUGUACCACUUCGAAUUCACGCAAGGUCUGAUUGUCGACCUGGUGUACGAUUACAUUGUCAGAGUCUUCCUGAACCACGCUGAGCGCGACCUAAUCGAGGUCAACAGACACUUUGUCAUUGGUGCUACCAUCCUUGAUGAAAAUUGUACCGCUUGGUUCAACAAUGAAGCCCUGCACUCUCCGGCGAUCUCACUGAGUGUCAUGCACAAUGCGCUGUUGCGCACUUUCACCCAAGCGAAUAUCUUCCGCAUAGACGUAACGAACCAUCCGCUUCCCUACACUGACGAAACCAGGCUCCAAAUGAGUCGAGCGCACAACAAUCUUGGUUUUCAGUUAGCAUACAACACCGGCUUCGGAAUGUCAUUCGUGUCGGGAUUUUACGUAAUAUUCUACAUCCGCGAGCGUGUCACCAAAGCCAAACUGCUCCAGAUGGUCUGCGGAGUGAACCGUUUCUUCUACUGGUUGACCGGCUUCCUGUGGGAUUACUUCACCUACACGAUCGUGUGUCUGUUCAUCAUUGCCACUAUCGCCGUGUUCCAGGAGCCGGGAUUCAGCACCGGAGCGGAGCUGUUUCGAAUGUAUUCCAUAUUUCUGUUUAUUGGUCUCCCGGCACUUCCGCUGGCCUACAUCACGACACUGUACUAUUCCGUGCCACCAGCAGCUUUCAUACGUGUUAGUGUCGCGUUUAUCGUUACAGGAACGGCGCUGUUUAUUUUCGUAUUUCUCCUGGGGACCGACAUGUUUGAGCUAGUUGACCUUUCGGAAACUCUUUCGUCGGUAUUUCUAAUAUUCCCACACUUUGCACUGUGCGACGCCAUCGUCAGCUUAAGCCGGAUGUCGGUUACGAUUAACAUGUGCGAAUCGGAGCGACCACCGGGUGUAACUCCGUUACCAAUCUGCAACGAAGAUCUGCAUUACUUUCAAUGGGAUCGGCCCGGAAUCGGAAGGCAUCUCUACUACAGUUUGGUUAUGACGGUGGUUUAUUUUGGUCUGCUAUUUUUGCUGGAUUUCAAGGUUUUAAAAGUUCUGGUACAAAAAGCUCGUGAAUGGUACUACCGGGGGCAGCAUAAGCUGCAAACUAACUGCAAUGAGAUCGACUCCGAUGUUCAAGCAGAGAAACAACGGGUCGAAAGAAUGACGGAAACCGAAAGAAGCGAAACAAAUCUGGUAGCCCACCAGAUGACCAAAUAUUAUAACCGCUUCCUGGCGGUCAACCAACUGAGCGUUGGUAUCAAAAGCUACGAAUGCUUCGGCCUGCUCGGUGCAAACGGAGCAGGAAAGACCACCACGUUCAAGAUGCUAUCGGGCGACGAAACGAUUUCCUUUGGUAACGCUUGGAUCAAGGGUAACAGCCUGAAGAGCCACCUGAAAAAGGUCCACAAACACAUCGGCUACUGUCCGCAGUUUGAUGCACUGAUAGAUGACCUCACGGGACGCGAAACGUUAAAGCUGUUCUCGUUGUUGCGGGGGGUGCCGGGAGAUAAAAUCCCUGAGAUAAGCAACUUUCUGGCAAGAGAGUUCGGCUUCGCGAGACACCUGGACAAGCAGGUGAAAGCCUACAGUGGGGGCAACAAGCGAAAGUUGAGCACGGCAUUGGCCCUGUUAGGAAAUCCGUCGGUGGUGUACUUGGAUGAGCCCACCUCGGGCAUGGAUCCCGGGGCGAAGCGGAAUCUGUGGAACGGGGUUUGCCGCGUUCGAGACAGUGGGAAAACAAUCGUGCUAACUUCGCACAGUAUGGAAGAAUGCGAGGCACUGUGCACGCGGUUGGCCAUUAUGGUGAACGGGGAGUUCAAGUGCAUCGGGUCGACUCAGCAUUUGAAAAACAAGUUUUCACAAGGCUUCGUACUGAUUAUCAAAGCAGCAAAGGUUGAUUCUAACGAAAAAGUCCGAGAAGCGGAAGAAUCGGUUGCUCCGGACCUGCAGAGAAUAAAAGAUUUCAUCAGCACUCAGUUUCCGGACUCGGAAUUAAAGGAAGAAUACCAGGACCUGCUGACAUACUACAUUCGGUCACAACAUUUGAAAUGGUCGCAAAUAUUUGGCAUAAUGGAAGGCUGCAAACGUACCCUCAAUGUGGAGGAUUACUCCAUUGGCCAAACUAGUCUCGAACAAGUGUUUCUCUCAUUCACCAAAUUCCAGCGUGAGGUUUGAAUAACUCGAAUACUGUACGCAAUAGCACUAGAAUAGGAUUUAUAGUAUUUAUUUUAUAAAAAAACUAGUAUUUAAUCAUUAAGGUAAUUAGAAUAGGAAAAUUAUACUAUUUGGACUUUAAAGCAAUCGAAUAAAUUUGAAACUGUCAA